AUGUCAAAGACAGGCCCGCCCGUGCUGAAACUCGUGGAUUUCGGUUACGCAACGACCGUCACCCGAACGGCAGCGCAGCCGCAGGCGGAGGAGAAGGCGGAGGAAGCCAUGUCACACGAGUGGUUGAUGCCGUCACAACAGCCGAGUCUCGACCACCCGCCGCUCCCGUUGCCAACCGUCCUCAGGCAGAACUAUGGUGUUCCAAGAAAACUCUCGCGAGAACGCGUCGUGGACGAUGCCCUGGAACUUCACCUGCCGGACCUGAGUGUUGCUGCGUCAUCAUCCUCAAUAUUGCAACACCAGAGCGCAUAAUGGACCCUCGAUACCGAAAAAAACAAGCAGGCGUGCCUGCAAGCAAGCAAAUUGCCCGUUGUAUCCUAUUCUCGAAUGACAG